AUGUUUACCUUACGGUAUUUGUCGUAUAUCGAGGGUCAGGAGGCAUCGGGUCUGCUUCCAUUCCUCUACAACGUGUACCUUCAUCCUCUGCGACAAGUGCCAGGGCCGUUCUGGGCCAGAGCGAGCAGCAUCCCGUCCUGGUAUUACACGUCCACCGGCAAGCGCCAUAUCUGGCUGUGGCAGCUCUUCCAAAUCUAUGGCAAGAGGAUCCGCGUGGCGCCCAACUUGGUUCUGUUCUGUGAUCCAAAUGCUUAUGCGGACAUCUACGGCAUGAAGUCCAACAGCACUGUGAACACUAUCGACCCCAGGGAACAUGCCAUAAGACGCAGGAUGCUCAAUACUGCUUUCACAGAUGUUUCGGCUAAUGCUGCCGCUGCUUUCAUGAGUCAGCAUAUCGAUCGGUGGCACCAGAUCAUGUUGGAUGAGCAUGACAGCACUACCGAGUGGUCUGCCUCUAUCGAUCUGAGCGGGAAGCUGGAUCAUAUUGUGUUUGAUAUUAUGGGUGAUCUCAGCUUCGGCAGAUCAUUCAAUACCAAAGAGCCUGGUGAAAACCCUCUAAAGGAGGUCCCGCAUACCACAAUACAGUAUCUCAAGUUCAUCUACCCGGUGUGCCGCUCUCCUUUGCUAAGCUUGAUCAUCUGGCUCAAGCCCCGUGGUCUAGAUCGGCUCGUGGAGCUUGUUACCCCACGACCUGUUCAACAAUUUGACAAGUUUGUCAUUGAUAGCCUCGCCAAGCGACUUGAGCUAUAUGAUAAGCAGAAGGACAUACCUGAGCAUGAGCGUCGCCAGGAUCUGAUGUAUUUCCUGUGCCAAGCACAAGAUACUCACACAGUCUAUACCGAAGACGAGCUCCGUGCAGAGGCUCUUCUACUCAUCAUCGCUGGAUCCGACACUACGACUGCCAGUCUAUCUAGUAUCUUCUGGUACCUCGUCAGAGCCCCGAGAUGUUAUCAGAAGCUCGUCGAUGAGUUACAAAGGACGUUCAAGACAGCAGAAGAUGCCGCUUACGGCCCGAAAAUGAUGGGCUGCAUAUAUCUUCGGGCUUGUAUCGACGAGGGUAUGCGUCUUGUUACUCCCGGGCCCUGCGAACCCCCCCGAGAGGUCCUUGUUGGUGGCCUCAAAGUCAUGGACGACCACUACCCCCAGGGGACCAUAGUUGGUACCACUCCCUGGUGCGACUCGCGCAACGAGGAGGUCUAUGGAGAUCCAGGGGUCUUCCGACCCGAGCGAUGGAUCGUCGACGAGGCUGCGGGUGUGACCAAUGAGAUGGUAGCCGAGAUACGCACUAACUUCCAUCCUUUUCUGACUGGUCCUGGUAGCUGUGCUGGCAAAAACAUAGCCAUGGCGGAGAUCAUGCUGGUUGUCGCCAGGACCCUGCUUAGGUUCGAUUUGAGGAAAGCACCUGGAUCUACCUUGGGGGAAGGUAGCCCGGAACUGGGCUGGGGCCAGAGAGAUGCAAAGCAGUUCCAGCUUGUAGAUGCAUACAUCACGGUCAAGCAAGGGCCGGAAGUUCAGUUCAGGAAGAAGGUGUCUCCUGCAGUGGAAUCGGGUUGA